UUGAAAUAUUUCAAAAUGCAACAAUUUGCGUUUGAUAUUUGCAGGGCGUUCUCUAUUUGCGGCGCAGUAUGUACCUUUGCAACAAACGAUGGAGUUAAAGUGGUGAGUCAGAAUGGCUGCGAUCUUUACAGAAGAUUUGACAAUGACACUUUCUUGCAAUCCAAAGAACUGAUUGUGCAGAAUAUGCGGCGGGAAGUGGAAACCAGAGAAUUGAAGUUGGUACUGACUGGUUUAGGAGAAGGAAUUAUCCAAUUGGAUGCUUUUUCAAUUGAAGUGACUGAACCGGGUGAAGAUGAUCGUCUAAUAAACCGAAUCGGAAAUAAACCCAACCCGAGAAUGCGAGUGGUGAAAGCUGGUGCGAAAUUGAAAGCAACUGCUGGAAAACCUGUGAAGAACCUCGGAAAUUUGGGUUUUGAUGAGUGCCAAAGAGUGUGCCUGGACUUCAAAGAUUGUGAGACCGCCUCUUAUUGCGUGAAUGGUGGAGAGUGUAUUGUAUCAUCUGAUUUCGGAGAAGACAUCGCCAAAGACAAUAUGGAAGAUAACAAUUUAUGCAUCAUUGUGACUCGAAAAUAUGCCGAUCUGUUCAACCGAAGCCCUGGCAAUGUUUUAAGUCUCACAGCUCAGGAAGUUUUAAAACUUGAUUCAGUAGAGAAAUGCGCAAGGGCUUGCCAUAAAUCCACAAGUUAUCAAUGCCUGUCUUUUGAUUACUGUCCUCAAUCAAAGGACGCCCCAUGCAAGCUGCACACAGUACAUUACCCGAAUUCUAAGACUAGAGAAAAUAUCCAAGUCAGAGACACCAACUGCGGCCACUACUUCAGAAAAUUCAGCACUGAAUUCAGGAAGUACCCGAACAAGCGUUACUUAGGAAGUACCAUUCCACCCAUAACCAAUGCCACUCUCGAAGAAUGUUCGAAAGCAUGCAUGGAAUACAAAAAAGGAACAUGCUUUGGAUACGAUUUCUGCCAAGACGUGUCCAUGCUGGCCACCAGCUGCCUCCUUUUGGACAGCGAUCCAGCUAAGAUGAAGGCCAGUUAUUCCGAAGUCUGUACAAAUUUCUUGAGAAGUGAAGCUCAGUUCACCCCCAGGCCCUAUUCAAAUGGUUAUGCUGGCGGAAUAGGUUUCUUGUGUUUCGUCGUUGGUCUUGUUGCGGGUGCUCUGGUUAUAUUUGCUAUAGCCUAUAUCAGAGUCAAAAGACACUGAACUGAAACGAUUUAAAGAAGAACAAGAGUUGAAAUAGUUGGCUAUUUCAAGUUUUUCAACCCAAAACUCUUGAACUGUACAUAAAAUGU